AUGCAUAGAAAUACCAUAGGUUGCAAGUGGAUUUUCAAGGUCAACGAAAAUGAGUUUGGUGUUUCCAUCUUGCAUGUUUGUGAAGAAUAUGCUUUCACGAAGGCUUUAGAAACAUGUGGCUUUCCCGUUCCAAAUGCUUUGGAACAUAAUCGACAUUGUGUAAUCAUGUCACUCGUCCAAGGUUAUCCUCUGUUUCAGGUGAAGCAAUUACAAAAUCCAUACACCGUUUUUGAGACAAUUAUUCGGCUGGCAGAGAAUGGUAUCAUUCAUUGUGAUUUCAAUGAAUUUAACAUAAUGGUAUGCUUGAAUAACUUAUGCUGA